CUCACCCAUAUAUAUUUUGUAUUAUGUGAACUGCAAUGUUUAAAUGUAGGCUCGAAUCUUGAGAACAGAGAGAAGUGUUCAGAAAGAUUUUGAGAAAUGUAGUAACUCAACUCAGAGUGCAGUGAGCUUGAAGUUACUAAACAACACACUUAACAGCAUGUAUUUAACUAUAAUUAUAAGCGUCGGCGUCUCUCUGCAUGUGGUUGUGUUGUGAGCAUCAAACAUCAGAUAAUGCAUAUUUUUCAGGGAAAUAUACUUGUCUUACAGCCACACAAUACAGCACGCAUUCAAACUGUGCUAGCAAAGACGAGCAACGUCAGCACAAUAGUUUAACUGUUAUCCAUAUCGCAAAGCGCUGCAUGCUGGUGCCGGAGCGAGUGGUUACAGCCAUGGAAUGGUUUCAGAAAUGAUCAUGAUGCGAUUAACGGGAGAGAACUCACGAGCGGCAACUAUGCCUGGCUUUCUCCUAGAGCUGCGAUUAGAAGUGCCCCACAGCAGUGCACCUUACAGGCUAUAUGUGUUCUUUGAAACUUAACGAAAACUUUGUCGAGGAACAGAAAGUCAUGCCUAGGCCGAAUAAUACUUGCGGGCCAUGUAUACGAAGUGCGUUGGACCGGAAACACGAGUUCUAAAACCCGUCAAAUCCGGAAGUAAACACAAGCAGAAAAGCGAUCAGACGACAGUUUCAACAGAUCCUAGACAAUGAGAUGAGUGCAGAAGGGUUCUUCGAGAGAAGAAGCAGCAUUUUCUUGUCAUGGCAUUCAGUCCAGGAGACAUGUCAUUCAGCCUUGACCUACGCCAGGCAUCUUUGUAUCACCUGGACUUUUUGCAGACUGUUGAUAAGAAGAUAGAACUGCAUGGGGGACAAGCUGUGGAGUAUGCCAUCCAACGCUAUGAAAAACUUUGGCUACCAUUAGCUGCAAAAUAUUCUGACCGUGUCCUUGUUGCACCCCUGGACAUAGAGUGGGUGUGGCAUUGUCAUCUGCUCAAUCCUUUGGCUUAUGAAAAGGAUUGUCAGCGUGUUGUGGGCACAGUUGUGGAUCAUAGAAUCUUAGACCGUGAACGCAGGAAACAGAGUCUACAGGAGUCUCGGGUGCUUUGGCGACGUGAAUAUCCCAGCGUACCCUUUGAAGCAGAUGGUCCCAUUAGUCCUUGGUUUGAUUCUGAGUUUGCAUCAGUCACAAAGAUUUCAUACAAUUUAAUUGCAGCAGUAGCAAGACAGAAGAUUUUUUAUUACCAAGUAAGUCUUCCUCACUACAGAGAUGAAAAAUUCCUUAAUCAGGCACUGGUGAGAUACAAAAGAUUUCUUCAUCUUAAGAAGAAACACCCUCAUGUUUUCAUUGUUCCAUGCUAUGAUAUUGACCUUAUAUGGCAUACACACAUGCUUCACCCUUUCAGCUACCGACAUGACACAGUCUCUAUACUCUCCUAUCUGUUUAACCAUGAUGAUUCUGUCAACGAUAGACGAGCAGGCUCGAAGCUGACUGUCUCGGAUGCACGCACCAGACAUUUAUGGAAAAAAACAUUCAAUGAACCUUUUGCUCAGAGUGGUGCCAUGUUUCGAGGAGAACCACCUGCAGGCAAGUUAUUUCAUAUGGAUGCCGCUGACUUUGCUGCUUUGGUCACCAAACAGACAACAGUGCUUUUGGAAUCUGCUCGUGUUGUUGGUUUACCUGAGCAGUCGCAGGUUCAGUACAAACUGAAGCUAUGGUACAACACUGGCUAUCAGAACUUUAACAGAGCUCUUUAUGUCUCAGAUUCUAUAGCCACAGUUCGUGGCAGCCCACGGCACAUGACCAAUGACAUCAGGCUAAAUGCCAAUUUUACAUUUGAUACCAAAUACAAUGAUGUAGUCAUGGUGGAUCUGCUUCAGAAAAGUGGCCGUUUUUGUCUUGGAGUGACUGAAGAGAUCGGAAGUGCCAGAUUACGCAUGCUGGACAAAAUUCAAGCAUUGGGCAAUGGUCGAGGUGUUACGAUGCAGGAUUACGUUGACAUGGGAGAUGGUGUGGGGUAGCUACAGUGGAGUGUAGCACCUCCCACCACCGGUGGUUGUAUUCUGGCACUUAAAUCUGGAAAUUACCAGGACUGCAUCAUGCCAGAAACAGUGGAGUCCAUUUGGGGUCCUGUGCCACUCCCUCGUCUUCCACCAGGUGUAGAAAACAAGUGCUCUGUGGCUUCACACAGCCUGUUAAAUCAUACAAAACGAGUAGUGUUCACCUGCCGCAUCAUCCACAGCCUGCCUCUCAUGAUGUCAGCCGUCCAUGUGUUUUACAAAGACAAAAUGACUGCUGUCGGUCAUCUGAUAGGGGCAGAUCAGCUUCCACUGCCAGAGCUUGUGAAGAACCGGUCACGAUGUGUGACCCUUGACAUGAAGAAUGGAGAGCGUGCAGUGCUGUUGAAAAACCACUCUGGAGACUGGGGCAUGGUGCUUGGCAGAUGGACAGGUACACAUAAGCCUGUGGUUGCACAACCAGCUUCAGCAACAAGCAAUGGACACCGACGACUCCCUGGAGACCCUGGGCACCUUGAGGUUCGGUUCUUCAAGUUCUCCAAUAAGCAGUGGACCUUUCUCUCGUUUGAACGUAACUACACAGGUUCUGAGCACAAGUUCCAGAUAGAGUCAGCCACAGUAGAGCUUGACACAGGCAUGAUUGAGAUCAGCGGCGAUGCUGGCAAUGAAGUGGCUGAAAACCUUGCUUUAGCUUUUUCUGUGGCCUUGUUACAUGUGCUGUGUCAGCCCAGACCAAAGGAUUGGGAUCCAAGCAAAAUAGAAGAGGAUGAGGUUGAUGGGAACUUCCCAAACCCAGACGGCGCCUUCCAGCAGAGAGUCUUAUGCUUGUUAUGGCUGCUGGGUUCCUGGCUUUAGCACCAUCCAACCACCUGCUCCGUAAGCGCCAUC